ACCUCAGGUGCACCGGCUUCAGGGUGUGGUCCCCUCCUACGGGUCGUCGACUCCCUACCAGUUUCACAUAUAUAAAAGGAGAUGCGUGCACGGUAAGGGUACGGCAUAACAGUUGGUACCCCUUAGGGCGAGUCCUGGUUCACCACCCAGCAGCGCACCGACCGCACCGAAGACCAUGAAGUCGAUUAUUGUUCUAGCAGUAUUCUGCAGUUUGGCAGUCGCGGAGCCAGGUUACCUGGCGCCGCUGGUGUCCUACGGCUACCUGGGCAUCCCCUUGGCGUACGACGGCAGAGUUUUGGACACGCCAGAGGUGGCGCAGACGAAAGCAGCCCACCUAGCCACACAGGCGUACGAGGCUGCCAGGAACACGCUGGGAUAUGCACACGUGCCUGUCUUGACCCGCGUUUACACACCUGCAAUUACUUACGGCGCUCCCAUCGGCGUCGACGGCCGGGUCGUCGAUACACCCGAGGUCGCAGAAGCGAAGGCUGCUCAUCUUGCUGCUCACGCACUGGAGGCUGCCAAGAAGAUCGGAAUGUACCCGUACGGAGCACUAGCAUAUUCGAACAUACCGUAUGCCUACAGAUACGGCUACGGUGCUCCUCUUGGUCCCGACGGCAGAGUGAUCGACACACCGGAAGUCGCGGAUGCGAAGGCCGCGCAUUUCGCAGCGCACGCGCAGGCCGCUAAAGAUGUUGCAAAAGUCUGAGCAAUUUUGUUAGAUUUAUUCUACAAUAAGUAACAAUUAUUUUUCUUUUCGAACGGGAACUAGUUCACUUUCUCCGACUGAUUUAGCUGAAGAAAAUAAUUAAGAAAUUAAUUAAUUAAUUACAUCAACGGGAAACCGCGUAAUUUUAUUUCACACCUAAAAGCAAUAUCUUUGCUUCUUCGAUAAUCGUUUAAUUCUUUAAAUGUUAACCAUCACAAGGGUGCCAGUAUAUGUGUGUAUGUAUUUAACUAUUGUUCGAUAAUAAAGCCUUAAUAGUCGCAUA